UUAAGCUUAAAAUUUGACUGGCGAUUGAAUAAUAAUAUAAAAUGUAAACGUUUAAAAUUUAAGAGAAAAAUAUUAUGAGCUAUAAUAACUUUUAAUUUCCUUUCAUGCUGCAUAAUAAACCUUUCAAAUUUUGUUAAUAAUACCGACAAAAAUGUAUUCGUACACUGUAUUAAUUACUCUCGUUAAUCAAACAUUUACUAUUUUACAAUAGCAUAGUUUACAUGUUAUUAGCAAUUCCUGUCAAAACAAACAUGGCGGCUGACGUAUUUAUACAACUAUAAAAUGAUAUGCAUGAAACCGGAACCAUACGAAGAAAAAUACAGGUAAAGCCCGGGAUAUGCAGUUAUGACGUAUCCGAUAGAAUCUCCUAUGCGGGGACAGCAUUCGCCGAUGAUGUCAUCACGAUCCGGGAUUCGUUUGCAUUUAAAAUAUCACCAUUUGUAUAAAUGAUUAGCAAACCAAAUUUUUGUUUGCACAGUUAUAUAAAAGACAUCAUCAACAAUAUCAAUGUUUGCUUUGGAGGAAACUAACAAAUACCAACACAAAAGAACUGAUUCGAGACAUAUACUCUACGACGAUGCAUGAGAGAAUACAGAAGAUAUUAUUUCGAAAAUUAUCGAGAAAAAAAAUAAAAUACAGUAGCAUCGUUUGAAGUUAAUCAAGUUUCUGUUAUCCGUUAGAACAAUAGAGAAGAAUGUAGCAGGUUGACGAUUAGUGUAAACGAAAGAAAUCAAUCACAAAUUUGUGUACAGAAUGCUACAAUAAUUUUAUUGUUACGUACUAUAAAAUAACUGACGAAUCUCUCAGAUAGAGGGAGCGACUGAACUUUCGUGCAAUCGAUGCAUGACUUUCAGUUCUGAGCUAACGCCGUUGCUUGUCGGCUUACCUGUAUAACUCUGAUGUUUUGAACUACCGUGUGUGCUUUCACUUUUACAUGUUGCGACACUUUCGUAAUAAUUAAUUUUUUUUAAUUAAACCACAAGCGCCUAAGUUAUACCAUGUGCAGAGUGGGUAGCACUUACUGACCAUGUUCAUAUCCCAAACCUAUGGACAUCGUGGGGCUAUUGAUUUAGACAACAGAGUUAUACUAAAUGUCGGAGGUAUCAGAUUUGAAACUUACAAAGCCACCCUUAAAAAGAUUCCUGCCACUCGCCUUUCCAGACUCACAGAAGCUUUGGCCAAUUAUGAUCCGAUUCUUAACGAAUAUUUUUUUGAUAGACACCCGGGUGUGUUUGCUCAGAUACUUAAUUAUUAUCGUACGGGAAAGCUUCAUUAUCCUUCCAAUGUAUGUGGACCUUUGUUCGAAGAAGAAUUGGAAUUUUGGGGAUUGGACGCCAAUCAAGUGGAACCUUGUUGUUGGAUGACGUACACUACACACAGAGAUACCCAAUCUACCUUAACUAUUUUGGAUAACUUAGACAUUGAUUCUGAAAAGCCCACAGAUGAAGAACUAGCUAGAAAAUUUCGUAUGGAAGAAGCCUUUUACGCUGGUAAACUCAACUGUUGGCAAAAAAUAAAGCCAAAAAUUUGGUUGCUUUUUGACGAACCUUAUUCUUCAACGGCUGCUAAGGUUGUGGCCGUUUUAUCAGUUUUCUUCAUCUGUAUUUCUAUUUUGUCAUUUUGCUUGAAAACUCAUCCAAACAUGCGUGUUCCCAUGAUAGUGAAUAGGACAGUAUCCUACCCUCCAAACAUAACAGCGUGGACAUUAGACAAAACCAAAACCGAGGCACACAAAGCCUUCUUCUAUAUCGAAAGUGUCUGCAACGCUUGGUUUUCGUUCGAAAUCACUGUUAGAUUCAUCGUGAGUCCAAAUAAAUUGGAUUUCAUUCGUGCACCAAUCAACAUCAUUGAUUUUAUUGCAACCAUGUCUUUCUAUUCGGAUAUGUUACUUCAACGAUUAGCAUCGGGUCUUGAAAACGCCGAUAUUUUGGACUUUUUUAGUAUCAUACGGAUAUUCCGGCUGUUCAAACUUACUCGCCAUUCACGUGGUCUCAAAAUUCUCAUUCACACUUUCAAAGCUAGUGCAAAAGAAUUAUUUUUAUUGGUAUUUUUCUUAGUACUUGGUAUUGUUAUCUUUGCCAGUUUGGUUUAUUACGCCGAAAGAUUACAGGCUAAUCCAAACAACGAUUUCACGAGCAUCCCUGAAGGGCUAUGGUGGGCCAUUGUUACGAUGACAACUGUUGGGUACGGUGAUAUGGUACCACGCACCUACGCGGGGAUGCUAGUUGGAGCUCUAUGUGCCCUUGCUGGUGUGCUGACCAUAGCCCUGCCAGUUCCUGUGAUAGUAUCGAAUUUUACAAUGUUCUAUUCUCAUACUCAAGCAAGAGAAAAGUUACCGAAACAGAGAAGGAGGGUUUUACCUGUAGAACAACCACGUGUUAGACCUAAAUUUCCGGCGGGAGCUGGAUUACAGCAUCGAAGAAUGAAUGCUAUUAAGCAUCAUCAUCCAGCAGCUCUAAAAGAUUACGGUGGUAAAGGAAGCGUCAACGGGAUGAACGCCAUGGCCGCUGUGGUUCGAGUUCCGUCAUCGGUGUCGCCCUAUCCAAUGACUACAGCACUGCCACAUCCAUCGGCUAUAGCUCCUCUAGCGGCUAAUAUAGCAAUAGUUCGCUCGACGGAGCGUCAGGCUCCGGCGUCAUCUGACGUCAAGCCUCAAUCUAGGAGACCAUCGAGCACAUGUACUAAUGGCAACCCACCUGUGGAGGGUUUAUGAACGGUUGUUUUUUCCUCUAUCUAUCUAUCUCUCUCUCUAUCUCUCUCUCUCUCUUUCGGAGCGAAAAAGAAAAAUAUAUUAUCGAUAUACAAUUCUACAUAUCUGUGUCGAUUAGAUAUCUUAGCAGUGACGUCACGGUGCGCACGAGGCUGCCUUAUACAUAUAAAUAUAUAUCUGUGUGUGUGCGUGUGUGUGUAUAUAUAUAAAAUAUAUAUAUAUAAACUUGGUAUGUUUUCACGGUAUACAUUUCCAUGAGUUAUUUUUAUUGAUUUAUUAAUUCCCGAGUAAAAAUUGCUCUUAUAAAUACAUUUUUCUUAAAAUUAGACUAAAAAAACUUUCUAAUGUCGAGAAAAAAUUACGAAUAAUUGCAAAUACAUUUUUAAAAUGUUUUAACGAUAUUAGUCAAUUAUUAGUAUUAAUAGUAUUAAUAAUUACUAGAUUAAUUUUCUAUCCGUUCGGUUUCGGAUUCGCUUCUAGAUGGCGAUAGUUGUACCGUGAUGACGUACCAGUGUCGUCAGCACACCAAGUUGCCUUUUUCCCGCCUCAAUGACGUCAUAUCUCUUUUAUAUUACCCAAGGUGCACCGAGGACCAUUCUCCGUCCUUUUAAUGUUUAUGCCGUUUUAUUUUCAUUGCUCUGAUGUAGAAAUAUUGCUUAAUCGUGUACAGAAUUUAAAAAAAAAAAGAGAAAAGAGAAAAUAAAAUAAGGAAA